UUAGUCUUCAUUUAUGCGAUUAGUUUUAUUUUUAGCUCAUAUUUAAUUCUCCUAAUUAGUAUCAAACAUUCAAUUUGAUGCGGACUAAAAAUUAGUCGUGGAUUCAAACAAGCCCUUUCACGAAGCAAUCCAAAGUGCAUCCUGCUGACAUGGCUACUAGGCUAGCUAGCCCCGGCCGGUUCAUCAACCAUUGAACCAGGAAACCUUAGCUGCCAAACGUUUCUACAGCCUGAAGUUCAGACUUCGUAAGUUCAUCACGAAUUGAUGAUGCCAGCUGAAUUGGAACGACUACAGCAUCGGCCAACACAGAAAAACCACCAACUGCACCAUCUGAUGCCGACAGGCUGCACAAACCGGGGAAAAGGUCGGAGGAUGAGGCAGCCGGACCGAUGAGCGGACAGCCAAAUUUUCGCCGUCUGACGCACGGAGAAUCCAAGCCUGAAGCCCCGGCGCGAAAGCUUCCACGCAUCCGCGCCCCAUGAAUCGGUGGCCACGGCAGAAAGUCGCGAGCAAUCGACCAAGGAGAAAGGGUGCUCAAGCUGAGCACUGAGCAUUCCUCUGAACUCUGCUUCUUGCACUGCAGAGUCUUUACGGUCUCGAUCCUCCUCCGCCUUGCCACUCCGCGCGCCGAUGGCGCCGUCGUGGUCGGAGCUGCCGCCGGAGCUCCUCGGCGUCGUCUUCCUCCACCUGCGCUGCCUCGCAGACCGCGCCUACUUCGCCGCCGCCUGCCGCUCCUGGCGCUCCGCCGCGGCCCGCGCCUCGGCCCCCACGCCGCCGCCGCCGCAGCUCCCGUGGCUCCUCCUCGUCCCGUCCGCCGGCGCGCCCUGCUUCGUCAGCCUCCUCGCGGGCUCCGCCCGCCGCCGCAUCUCGCUGCCUCACGGCGCCCACGGCGCGCGCCUCUGCGGCGCCCACACCGGCGGCUGGCUCGGCGUCGCCGCCAACGGCUGGCGCGCGUACGCGCUGGUCAACGCCUUCUCCCGCGCGUGGGUGCCCCUGCCCGACAGGAUGAGGGUGCCUGGGCACGGCAUCACGACCUGCCUGGUCGUCCGCGCGGUCGCGCUGUCGGCGCCGCCCACCUCGCAGGGCUGCAUCGCCGCCGCGCUUGUCUGCGGCGUGUCCAACCUCGCGUUCGUGCGGCCCGGGACGGACCGCCAGUGGCUGGCUUCCGGGUCGGGGCACGGGCUCCAGGACAUUCUGUACCACGACGGCGAGGCCGUGCGGGGCUUCCACGCCGUCGCCAACGACGAGGCGGUCACGGUGUUCGUGCAGGAAGGCCUCCAGGGCGCGCCCGCCCUCAGGAUGGCCUGGAGGUCCUACCGGAUGCAGCGGCGGCGCAACGCGCCGGGGCCGAGGCAGUCUCCCUCCGCCGGCGUGAGCCGCUACCUGGUGGAGUCACGCGGGAAGCUGCUGAUGGUUGUGCGCCGCUUCCCCUCCGUCCAACACGGCGGCGGCGCGGCCACGUCGCGCGGGUUCGAGGUCUUGGAGCUGGAGGUGCAGGCUCUGCCCAGUGGCGACCACGCGGCGUCCUGGGUGGAGCUCGACGGCGGCUUGGACGGGCGCGUGCUCUUCCUGGCGCGAGGCUGCUCCAGGGCGUUCGAGGCGUCCCAGUUCGGCGGGUUCCAGGAGGGCAUCUACUUCUUGGACGACACAAGGUUCGACAUCUCGUUGGCGCUGUCGUGCGGCGGUAAUUUCCCGUGCAGCGACAUCGGCUGGUACUCGGGCAGCGAGAUCAUGCCUGGGAUCAAGGGCUUCCCCUCGGAGUUCCAGUCGACUUUCUCCUCACCGACCUGGUUUUACCCUUGACUUGGCCGCACUGAUCGAGUUCAAUCGAUCACUCUGUUGUACCAUGAGUUCGUGCCUAGUGGGACCACUUGCUCAUCACCAAUGCGCUGCUUUAGCAGUUGUCCUCUAGAACAAAAUUAAAGGCGCCACUUAAAAAAAUAAGGAGAAAGAAAAAAGGCACAGUUUUCCUUGA